CAUGAAGCAAGAAGCUCUCCUGGCUGCCAUCAGUGAGAAAGAUGCCAAUAUAGCUCUUUUGGAGCUUUCCUCCUCUAAGAAAAAGACCCAAGAAGAAGUGGCUGCACUGAAGCGUGAGAAGGAUCGUUUGGUGCAGCAGCUCAAACAGCAGACACAAAAUCGAAUGAAGCUAAUGGCCGACAACUAUGAGGAUGACCACUUCAGAUCCUCCCAGUCCAAUCAAACAAAUCAUAAGCCCUCCCCAGACCAGAUCAUCCAGUCCCUCUUAGAACUUGACCAAAAUAGAAGCAAACUAAAGUUGUAUAUUGGACACCUGACAGCCCUCUGCCAUGACCGAGACCCCCGGAUCCUUCGUGGACUCACCCCACCAGCUUCCUAUAACUUGGACGAUGACCAGGCAGCUUGGAACAACAAGCUGCAGAAGAUGACUCAGGAGCAGCUUCAGGAUGAGUUAGAAAAAGUUGAACGGGACAAUGCAGAACUACAGGAGUUUGCCAAUGCCAUUCUUCAGCAGAUCGCAGAUCAUUGUCCUGACAUCCUAGAGCAAGUGGUCAAUGCAUUAGAAGAGUCCUCCUGACCCUGCUCCAUGGGAAGCCUGAGAUGGUCAACCAGGAGCCAAGAAAGGACAACUACAAGAAACAAGCGCCGAGAACCUUCUUGGCACCAAACACUACAAACGACAUCCCGUCUUGCUCAGUUAAGGAAGUGUGAUUCCAGCGGCAUUUCUAAUCUUUCAUCUUCCUCUGCCUUUCUGCUUUGGAUGUAGUCUCUACAGCGAUUUUCUGGAUGUCCAGGGUGGGUAAAUGGCUGAGUCUCUCUGACAAACUGCUAUCCAGUCAUUAACAAUGGGGACUGUGGAAGCUGGUAGCUCUGCCCUACAGGGGGCAUGGACAGAGAGCCCCCUCUCCUCCUGUCCUUUGGCAUGAGAACAAAACCCUGAGCCUCCUGUGAGUUCAACAGGUUGAGAGAAUGCUUCACAUGGACCAGAGAGCUGAGUGUUCCAAUAUCACAAUGGGUGCUUUCUUGUAAAAAGGUUUUUAAAAGUCUCAAAAGAUUAUUAGAAUGAGAAUGGGAAAAAGAGAAAACAGGGACAAAGAAAACUGACUCUUCUCACUGUCUCUUCUGCUUUCUUUCUUCGUGUGAUGUUUUCAUGGGGACCUGUGAACAAGGCUUUGAGACCUCUCAUCCCCCGCAGUGAGUCUCUACCCAGCCCUGUCUGUCCCAUCCUUCCUCACUCUGUCUUUCAGCUGGUUACCAAGAGGAUGGUGUUAAUAGUUACUCCUAGUCUCUCGUACCGUAGUUACCCGUUAAUGGUUUCCUCCAGGAUGCCACCUGCUUCCCUGCACCCUGGCCCGAGCCCCUGUAGCCCUGCAGUUGCUGAAGUUAAAGGUCCAUCUCUGCCCUUUCAGCUUUUUUCUUGGCUUACCCUCUCAGAACCUCAACUUUGUGCAUGCCUGUAACCUUCUGGUACAAAUGAAGUUUUCUUAUCCCACACAUAUUCCUUUCUCCACACUUUCAUCCAGGGAAUAUUUAUGAAAUGCCUACUGUGUACAAGUUGCUGUGUUAGGCAUCUAUUCUUGAAGAAGUCUUUUUUUUUUUUUUUUGGUGUGAAAGAGGCGUGCCUGGUUUAGUCAAAGGAGUGAAAAGCUUAUCCUUCCCCUCCCUCAUCUUUAUAGAAGGUAUCUUUUCUAGAAAAGUUUUUCAUAAGUCAGCAUUUCUCAUCUCUCAUUGUAAUGGAAGUGAUAGGUCUCAGGGGCUGAGUCACCUCUUUGCUUAUGGGGUACCACUUGGUGGCUCCGGAUUUUUGCAGUAUGCUGUGGUUGCUCUUAAGGGGCUAUGAAUUUCCACUUGCGGCAAGCCAUUUCCUACAUAUCUGCGUGUGCCUGGGGGACUCAGCCAGCUCCACUUAACAAGUCAGAACUUUGACUCCAAAGCUACAAAUCCAAUUGAAAGUACUGUCACUUUGAAGGGCAUUUUUCCCAAGCAUGGACAAUAGCCAUGGUGAAUAAUCAGGUUCCAAGAACUAGACCACCUAACCCCCAUCUAGCUGUCUGAAACUCUGCCACCAGUGGCCCACCAGACACAUCUUCUGAGGAGAGUCGCUGGGCUAAAUGCUUUGGUCUUGCAGUUUCUCCUCCCCCAGUUACUCAGAGAAUGUAAUGCUGCCUGUCAGGUCGACAGAGCUAUCAGUGCAAGGUCUUCCCCUCCCUAGCUGUGGAUGAUCCCAUCAAUCUAUACAGUCAGGUCUCCACUCCCUGCUGUAAAGCAGCCUCUCUCAUGUGAGAGAUCUGAUGUGCUCAGCUUAUAAACCUCUCACUGAGAUGUGUCCUUACAGCCAGGCUGGCCAGAGGCAGGUCAGGGGCUAGCAGUAAGUGGUGGUCAUUUGUGGUUAAUUACCUCAAUUCUAUGUAUUUAUUGCUACUACCCAUAAAUCAGAUAGAAAGUUCCUAGUACUUGAGAGCUGGAGUAUUAGAAUCUCACUAUAUCCACCAUAGUGUAAAGAACCAAAGUAUGACAACAGCCUUCACAGGCCUGUAGCAGAGCAGCGAGAGCAGAGGAGGCCCUGGCUGGCACUCUCCAGAUGAUCUGGUGGGGAAGAUGCCAGGUAGGUCUCCCUGAAUCCACCCACCUGGCCCUGGUCAGCAGGCACAGCAUGCCCCUGCACCCUCACUACUGAAUGUGUGACUAUCACUGCAUUCUCCUUCCUUCUCUCAUUUCACCCUUCCCUAUCACCUCCUCUCCAGAAAAACUUAUGAACCCUAUGACAAGUGCUUCUGAGAAGAGUUCCUCCUCCUGUCUCAGCAGAGAAGCUCCUUGAUCCUUCUUGGGCUCUGAUCUGGCAUCUCAAAUGGUUCAGGGGCUAUCUGGCUAAAGUUUAAUGGUAAAUUUGUUCUGCAUUUGUGUUGCAGAAGCAGAGUCAAUGCAGUCUCUAGCAUCUUUUAGAGUAUAGUAUUUAAUCUAGAUCACAGUAGGACGUGGCAUUACAUGACCCUCUCCUGGUAUUCAUGGUAACUAAGCUGCUACUCAUGGUAGGGAAUGUUGAAAACUCACUGCAGAAUGCCUGUAGUCUUCCUCAGACUCAUCCAUUCCAUUGGCAAAUGUAGUUACUCCUUCAGUAACUAAAGGAGCACCCCAAAUCAAGGUCGUAAAGAGGGAAAAAAGUGGGUGUAAUCCAGCCUGAGGCCCAUGACUAAAGAAGUACAAGUUUCUCAUCCUAGGGACUCAUUGAGUUACUGAUGAAGUAUCAGAAUUGAAAUUUGUAAGUACUUGGAUAUCAUUUGAAAUGGAAGGAUGUAAAUGGGCUUUAACAUGUUGAGAAAUACGAAUGGAAAUCCCCCAAAUUCAUCUCAGCUCUAACCUUUGUCCUUGCACCUUACAUUCAAGAUCUAAGUCUGUCUCUCUCUUCCUUACACACGGGAUUUAGAAAUACUGGUAAAGCAGACUGGGCCCAAGGGACCACCGUCAGUGUCGAUAAUGGCAAUGACAUGCCAUUUUUGGUCAAUUAAAGCCUGUUUGGCUUUGGAUGAGGAGCUCCUGCACUUACCCGCUACCCAGAGUGAGUGAGAGGAGAGGAAGGGAAGUCAUCAUAGAGUCCUAGUCAGCCACUGAAGUCGUCCCUCCCCAGUCAAUGGUCAGGGCUGUGAAGGAAACCAGAAUACAUCACCUCAAAAUACAACUUUAUGACUACCCCGGCAUUUGGCAUUUGGAUUUGCUGCUAGAGAGUCUUGCUCAUCCCAGAGCCAUCCCGCCCCACCUGACCACCUUACUGAAGCAGAGGCCCAUCUGCUGGCCACCCUUUUUGUGUGGGGGGGUCUUUGUGGGAAGAUCAAACCAAGGGAUACAUCACCAUGUACAGUGCAGUCCUCCCAUGGCAUUUCCUACGUGCCUGUGGACCCCGUGUCAGCAAUACCAGAGACUCACAUCUGCCCCCAACCUCGUGUCCACCCGCAGGAGUCCAGAGCCAUGGAAAGGAGAGCAGACUACAAAGUACCUAGCCACCCUGCGGAGCCUGCAAGGCCAACCUUCCCAUCACUGCCAAACCCUGGGCUUCUCAGGAAGGGACUCGAACCAUUCAAAGAAAUGUUUUAAAGAGAACCUGGAGUUUCCCCCAUGUGAACUAAGGGAAUAUAUAGGCAAGAAAAACAUUACGUGGAAAUCCUUCUGAACAAAAUGGCUGUCCUUACUGACUCUUUUUAAGCAAAAACUAUUUCCAAACUUUUUAGUGUCAAAACUGUAACCAAGUGUUUCCUGAUUUUUUUCGUUGUGUUUGGCGAGUGCUGUGACCUUGUCGUAGGUAUUUCUCCUCUAACUCUGUGGGGGGAAGUGGUCUAGAGAUUGAUUUGGGGGAGCGGGUUUUCAUCCCAUCCCACCUCUUUUGUUUCUCUGCUUGUCGAUAUUGUCUGUGUUAUUCAGAGAACUGGGGCAGUUACAUUGUGUCCAUUUUUGAGAUUAUGAAAAUAUUAAAAAGUAGUUGUAGAACUGAAAAAUUAAAGAGUUGUGCUUUAAAAAUGCAAACCAAUAUCAUGUUAAUAAAGGAAUUCAAGCUAUGGGGCAGCCACACUCCUCCCCUCCUCCCAAGCUGGUGGAGGUGGCAGCUGGGCCAGUGGCUUGGGAAACACAGCGACCAUACUCCAGAUGGGCAACUGCCUGGAGAGAGACCACUGCUGAGUGAAAGGAACGCAGAUCGGGGGCUCAGAGACUCCCAGUUGUGCCAGAUGUUCCAUCCAUCCUCAGGACCUUUAGGUAAUGGUCUCACGGUUUGUAACCCUAGAACCACCCUAUCCCCCACAUCAGUCCCAGCUCAGCGUGCCUAAUACUGUGUGGUAACCUGGGCUUGACCGUGAAGCCCACACCUGGCAGGCCACAGGACCUCCCUCCUGCCCACUUGGUGCUAUAUCAUCCAGCAGCCUGUCCAGUAUGGGCCCAGCGCUGGCCAGCCUGGAGCCUGCAAUCCAGGUGAAAUGACUCACCUUCCCUUCUUAGCACCUUCUGGCUUCAGGCUUUGAUUCUUUCCCCUUCAGCUUUUUAGGUCCAGGCUCUCUUUCAGUCCCAGAGAUGCCAUAGUCGGGAAGGAACUUGAACCCUGCUGAAGCCAGAAAAUCCACCUCUGGGCCAGAGUGAGCAUUCUGAGUCCAGCCCCGCUUUCCACACUGCACCAGUAUUGCGUUCACCCUCCGUGUGGCUUGGCCUGGCCAGGGCACCACGCCAGCUGUCUGGCCUGCCCACCCCAUUGUAGGACCAGCUUGGGAACCUGCCACACGCACCAAAUUGUCCAAGACAGGGCCUGGGGUUUGUUCCCCUGUGUUUCCUAAGAGAAGUGCCACGCUCUUAUCAGGGGAGCUGAGGAGUGAGUGCAAGUUCCUGCCUCCUUGUAGCUUGAGUUCCUUUUGGUAACAAUAGCAGCCCAAACGGUGAUGUCCCUGACGCAGAUGCACCUGCUGCCUUCAACUGUAUGUGUGUGUUCCUGCUGGAGUCGUGUUACUGACAGGAUAAUAACAUUACAAAGAAAUUGUGUUAUAUUCAACUUGGCCUUGAUAAUUAUUGUAAACACUUUGUUCAUUUUUUCUUUUUUAUUCACAAACUAAAUCCAUCAGGAAAUUAUAAAGUUAUUUAAAAAC